GUUGAGCCUGGAGAGUCUUUAUAGUCUUUUCAGGUGCCGAGCCAUCAUACAUGAAAAGUGAAGAGUAAACAUCCUACCUACAACUUCUACGCCCAGCCCAGCAAGCCAGCACACCGGCGCAAUCAUGACGACCAACGCCAUCAACGGUACCAACGGUACCAAGCACGUGAAUGAGACCUCUUCCCCCUCCACCGACAUCCUCACUCUGGCGCUGGACAUUGUCGACAAUGCGGCCAACAUCAAGACGCUGCUCGCUUCCCAGGGUCUCCCCUCGCCAAGCUUUGAGCCCGACUCGGCGGAGAUCCCGGACACGCCGGAACAAGCCGCCCUGCGCAGCCGCCUCGUGGCAUCGCUCGACGAUCUGAAGCUGCUCGUCGUCGGGCCGCGCCGCACAGUGCGCAGCCUCAUCUGUUUCAGCAACGACCUGGCUGCCUUCCAGGUCGCGUUCGAAUUUGGCUUCUUCACCAUUGUGCCCGAGUCGGAAGAUGGCAUCGCCGUGGAAAAAAUCGCCCGCCAGGCGGGCAUGGAUGCAAGUCGCGCGCGCCAGGUGCUGAGGCUGCUGUGCACGCAUCGCGUCUUCAGGGAGGUCAAGGAAGGGUGGUUCGCGCACACGGCCAUGAGCGCCGUCUUCAAACGGGACGAGAACCUGAGGGCUGCCGGGCAUUUUGGGAUGGACGAGAUCUUCAAGGCCGCCUCUUCGACCUCCGACACCAUCAAGGCGUCGCCUCACAAAUCCGACGUCGAGCAUUCGCCCUUCAGGACGCGCCUUGGCGCCUCCAUGUUUGAGUACUACGAGCAGCACCCGGAUCACGCUGCUCGGUUCGCCAAGGCCAUGGCCGUCGACCGUAAACCAAGCGCACUCGCUGACCUGUUCCCGUGGGACACCCUCAAUGGCACCGUCGUCGACGUGGGCGGCGGCAGCGGGCACAUCGCCAUCGCCCUCGCGCACCGCUUCCCACACCUCAACUUCCUCGUGCAGGACGGCGUGCCUGACAUGCUUGUCCAGGGCCGGCGCCUCCUCGAGGCCGAGGACCCUGCCGUGGCCGGCCGCAUCGAGCUGCUGGAGCAGGACUUCUUCAAGCCGCAGCCGCCGCCCGAACGCCUCACCACUCGCGGUCCCGUAGCCGGCUUCUUCCUCCGCCACGUCUUCCAUAACUGGAGCGACGCCGACUCUGUGCGCAUCGCCCGCGCGCUAGUGCCCGCCCUCGAGGCCGCCGCCCCAGAGACCCCGCUCAUCAUCAGUGACAGGGUGCUCCCCAGCCUGGGGAGCGGAGUGCCGCUGCACGAGGAGCGCGGCAUGCGUCAGAUGGACGUGAUGAUGAUGGUGGAGCUGGGAGCUAAGGAGCGAACCAAAGUGGAGUGGGAGGCCUUGUUCAAGGCGGCAGAUGAGAGGCUGGUGGUGAAGAAGGUGCACGGACAAGGAGCGUCCAGCAUCGUGGAGGUGGUGCUUAGGAAGUGAGGGAGGUCAUAUUAACCGGAGUGAGGAUACUGUAAAACCCCGGAGUAGUGUUUUCUGGGGAUAGUGAUAUAUUCCAUACAGUGAUAGUCUUCGCCAGACCGUCCAAUUUUGUAUUGGCUAUGACAAUUUUGUAUGAGCUGGUGGUCCGUGGCACAUGUACUCCCCUAGGAUCUUGCUGUUUUCGGGUCACUGGCCUACAAAUCACACACACGUGACUCUUUAUACAGUGAUACUCUCUGGAGCGAUACAACCCCUCCGAAAAAAACAUAUCACUAUAACGGGGUUUUAC